CUUCCUUGCAUCCACCAAACCCACCACCACUCCUUAUCCUCCCCUCCCUCUCAAACUCGUCAAUUCCGUCCCUCCGUCUUUUGCCUCCCUCCCUCCCAGAGCCGCGCACCGCGCCCUAGCCGCAGGUCGUCGCGGGUCGCGCCUUUUAGCGCCCCCCAAACUCCUCCCGCGCCUCACUCGGCUCUCUCCUCCCUCCAGCGCAGGUUCCCCGUGCCCUCUCUUAUAUCUCCUCUCAUCGAACGCUCAAGUUCAAAUACCGCACCGGAUCAUCGUCGUCGGUACGCGCUCGAGGCAGGCGAGGUGCCGCAGGAAGAGCUCUACACCCGGUGGUGGUGGUGUUCUGCGUGAAGAGUCCCGCGGAGUUCCAGAGUCGCCGAGAGAGAAGAAGGUUCCCUUUGGAGGUGGGGGGAGGGUCACUCGAAGGGAGAGAGAUCAUGGCUGGAGACGCGGCGCGCCUGCGGAGGAUGGUGAUGUUAGCGGUGUUGGCGGCGAUGGCGGUGAUGGUGUCUUCUCACGAGCUACUCGCACACCUGGGCCAGGCCCGGGCCCGCAGGGAGUGGAACGCGCCGCCCAUCGCCGUGACCGAGGGGCCCACGGGCCCCUACCCCAAAUACCUCACCUCGGUGAUCACGGACAACGAGAAGCUGAUGAAGGUGACGUACCGCAUCUCGGGCGAGGGCACCGACCUCGAGCCGCGCGACUGCUUCUCCAUCGACGAGGUCUCGGGGAAGAUCUUCCAGAACAAGGAGCUGGACCGCGAGGAGCGGUGGUCCUAUAAGCUCAACGUGCAGGCGUACGACGACAAAGGGCAGGCGCUGGAGCAGCCCCUCGAGUUCGACAUCGUGGUGAAGGACAUCAACGAUAACGCGCCCGAGUUCUCGUCGUCCAACAUCAAGGGGUCGGUGCAGGAGGGCGUGCCCGUCGGCGCCUUCGUCAUGCAGAUGUCCGGCACCGACAGGGACCAGGCCGGCACGGACGCGAGCGCCAUCGCCUACCGCAUCGUGUCUCAGAGCCCCGCCAACGCCUUCACCGUGGACCGCAAGACCGGAGUGGUGCGCACCACCAGCUUGCUGGACCGCGAGACGGUGGACUCGUACAGCCUGGUGAUGGAGGCGUCCGACAAAAACGGCGACGGCUCGGGGUUGUCCAGCACGACGGCCGUCUCGAUCAGCGUGGGGGACAUCAACGACAACCCGCCCGUGUUCUCCGAGAACAUGUUCACCGGCAAGGUGGAGGAGAACAAGAAGGAUGUGGUGAUCGGCCGUGUGAAGGUGACGGAUGCCGACCUGGUGAACACGCCGGCGUGGCGCGCGCGCUACUUCAUCGUCAGCGGCAACGAGGGCGGCAACUUCGCCAUCGAGACAGACCCCGUCACCAACGAGGGCGUCGUCAAGCUCAUCAAGCCCUUGGACUACGAGAUGACGUCAUCGCAGUCGCUGUCGAUCCGCGUGGAGAACGAGGUUUCGCUCGUUAGCGGCAGCAGCUCCUCUAGCUCCAUGAGCGUCUCGGGCGGCGGCGGUGGUGGCGGCGGCGGUGGCGGCAGCAGCAGCCACAACUCCAUGUCCAUGUUCUUGGUGGACGUGCUGGACGUGGACGAGCGGCCCGUGUUCGCGCCGAACAUGAUCCGCGUGGACCGGCUCGAGGGCCAGGCCACGGGGCAGAGCCUCGCAAAGUUCAAGGCGUCAGCACCGACCUCCGUGCCCGGGGGCGCCUCCCACAUCAUGCGGUACGGCAAGCUGAACGACCCGGCUAAUUGGCUGGAGAUCGACCCUGUGACGGGAGACAUCCGCACGCGGGCGCCGCUCGACCGCGAAUCGCCCUACGUGGUGAACAACACCUACACGGCGACCUUCUCCGUCGUGGACGAGACGUCUCCGUCGGGCACGAGCACGGGGACGAUGGUCGUCAAACUCGACGACAACAACGACAACGCGCCGGACGUGGUGACGCGCAACGUGAGCGUGUGCGAGACGGGGCCCGACUACGUGACGGUGACGGCCAGCGACCCCGACACGGACAUCAACGGCAAGCCCUUCACCUUCGAGCUGCCCGCCGACUCCGCGUGGACCGUCUCCGAGACCGACGGCACCUCCGCCGUCCUCAAGUACCGCUCCCAGCGCAUCCCCCGCGGCAUGCACGCCGUGCCGCUCAUGGUGCGCGACCGGCUGGGCCUGGGCGAGGUGCGCAACGUCACCGUGUCGUCGUGCCCCUGCGAGGCGGGGUCCUCCAAGCCCUCCUGCGAGGCCGUCGGGAUCGCGGGGUCACGCGGGGGGGGCCUCUCCGACGGGGCCCUGGCAGGGAUCCUCGCGGGGAUUCUGGGCUUCCUCAUGCUCGGAAUCCUGCUGCUGCUCUGCUGCUGCAAGUUCGGCAAGAAACAGGCCCUCAUCGGGAAACUCAUGGGGGAGCUUCCCAAGAGCUCCCUGUCGACCUCCACGCGCGGGGAGGAGCAGGACAAGGCACUGGGCGGGAUACAAGGACACAGCGAGAUCGUUCCGCUUGUCACAAAAGGCUCCGCCAGCGCCAACUUCUCCUCCGGCAAGGUCACCAAGUCAAAGUACGUGAACCAGGUGGAGACCGUGACGGAGAGCGAGUCCGGGCUCAACCAGGGCCGGUCGUUCGCCAAGAGCGCCGGAGCGGCAGGGGCAGCUGCAGGGGUAGCUGCAGGGGCAGCUGCAGGGGCGGGCUUCGGGGCAGGCAUGGGGGCCGGAGCGGGCGGAGGGGCCGGAGCGAUGAGAGGCGGCGCUUACGUGGAGAACAGCGCGGCUGGAAACAUGAGCAACGGACACAUGGGCACCUUCCACAGCUCCGUGUCAGACACUGAGAUGGACGGCUCGGGCUACAUGGUCAAUGCGGGCGGUGGUGGCGGGUGGCCAAUCACCACGCUCGCACGUGGAUCUUGCGUCAACGGCGGUAUAGACAUGCAGCAGCAGCAGCAGCUCCAAGGUGGCUUUGCAGAGUACUCUGGGGAAACCAUGGAACACUCGGACAUGGCCUUAAUGGAGAGUGGGGGGCAGAUGGGCCAGGGCGGAGGAGACACAGCCUACUUCAUGACAGAGAGCCUCAAGAUCCUGGACCAGGAUGUGGCUGCUCCGGACACACUGCUCAUCUUCAACCAGGAGGGCACCAUGGGCGGCUCCCAGUUCUCCCUUGUGUGCCAAGACAUGCUGUAACUUCCCGGCUCUCCCUUCUCACGCUGUGUCGCCCAACUUCCUUUAAAUACUAUCACGUUCCAGGCCCCAGCUACAUGUACCGCAACUUCCCUCCCCUUAUUAACCACAACUCUCCCUCCAUGCUAACCCCAGCUUCCUUCCGUGCUAACCCCAGCUUCCCACACCCCGCACCCCCAUCCCCCAAUGCUAACCCCUAGAUCCCAUGUACCCCAACCGCUCAUGGUUGGCAUGGGCCCUGGUGUAAAGAAUGAAAUGCGGCCCCCUGUCCAAUAUCCCCUCCUCUUCAGAGCCCAGUGCCUGAGCCCCUCUGGUCUGUGGGCCCCAUUGCAGUUGCACCGCCUGCACACUCCACAUCCACGCUCGGCUCUUCUACCCACGUUGCAAAACUCUAACCCCUUUCCUAUUCUAACCGUGGAGUCUCGCUACACAGACCCCCGAUCCCAGCACUCCUCGUACGCCGCGAUUUUGCACCUCCGGUGGCAACCCCACGUACCGGACUAGCGGGCUCGGCCCCUGGUGACCACGGCACCCCCACCUGGGCCUUAGCCAAGCAAAGGGACCCCCCUCAGUGGGCCCAGGUAGCCCCCUUUCCAGAAGCGAGCGAUGCACUUUCACCUGGGCCACCCGGGGAAGCCGCCGCGAUGUCGGCAGGGUCGACGCGGCAGAGCGAAACCAGCGAUCCGGCGGUGACCGUCGGGUAGCUCACUUGUCUGGGCCUUGUGUUAAUAAGUUAAUUUUGAAAUGAAAAACAUGGUGGGAAAUUUUGACCGACAAAUAGAUAAUAGUUUGUUAAAAAAAAAAAAAUUUUUAUUACGGUCGUGUCCCUGUGGCGGUGGAGGACGGAUGGAGGAGAAGGAAGGCGUGAGGUCAGAGCACGAUGCGAUGGGCCCACGGCACGCGCCUGCGAACGAGCGCGUCGGUGGAAAGAGUUCGUGGGAUCACGCGGAGAUCUGCGGAACUCCCGAAUGGCGCAGGUGGCCAGGAGAUGGUGGAGUACAACAUGGGAUGUGAACUCACGUGUGAAGACCUCGUUAUCCGUCAUCCCCUUUGCAUGUGUGGGAGGGUCUUCUCUGGGCACUGCCGGCUUGCUACAACAUGAAACAAAAUUAUUCCGCAAAGAAAAAAUUGGUCAAUAAUCCCAGGCUUUGUGGGUAAAUAAAUAUAAUUAUUGCUAUUAUUAUUUAAACAUUGAAUAUGCUGAAUGAUUAAAAAAACUUGACGAAGAUUUCAAUAUACCUUAAACUCUUGGAAGUUGAAGUUAGAUUGGACCCAGGAUAUUCGAUUAUUGAAGCCAUCGAUUUACUCUACUCAGUAUCUGUUCGGUCACUCGACCAAUCGGAUAACUCCAACGUAGUCGAGGGAAAAAAUGUCGCCUCUUAUCCGCGUGUGCUGCUGGACGGGAGGUGAUGGACUUGGCGAUGGUGAUGGCAUUAUUGAUCAUCAGCCGAGUCCCUUUGGGAGUGGCUUGUUGGGGGUUUCCCGCUUUCAGGAGACGGGAUAUUGGCUGGCGGUCGACAAUGAAAGCCACCUUAGUAUAAAGCAGUCGAUUGCAAUUUUUCAACACGUUCGGCAAUAAUGCUGUGGCCCUAAAAUAAAUAUAAUAGGCGACGUUUUGGUCAAUGACCCUUCUUCAUAGCACAUUUGAAUUUGAUGUAUGUGAUAUGAAGGGCCAUUGCCCGAAACGUCGCCUAUUACAUAGUUCAACUUUCAAGGCCACACGCGGUAUUAUUGAAGAACGUGUAUGAGGUUUUUUUGUUGUUAUUUGUGCUUUUUUGUCCGAUGCCGACGCAGCGAUUUGCAGCAGAUCCAAUGACUCGUCCCACUCAUCGUCCCAGACUUACACCAGUCUGGGGGAUUCCAUCAGUGGGAGAGAAAUUGUGGGGCGGUGGCAGGGGGGCUGGGGGGGGGGCGAUGGGAGGUGCCGGCUGCAAGUGGCCGUCGGUGUUGUGGGAGUGAGUGGGGAGGGCACGAUGCUCCCGAGUGCCCUUGUGUGUUUGAUGUUGCGGGUUGUUGGUAGAUCUAAGUUAUGGGUUUGUUUUACUUGACGUCGGGCGGCCGCUGCUCUCGCUGCUGCUGCUGCCGUUGUUGUUGUUUUGCUGUCGCGCGCGGGUGAGAGGUGGCUGACAGCGUCAGAUCGCGUGGGAGUGCGCAGAAGCCACACAAAAACCUGACUCGCCAAAAGGAAUCUUGUCGGAGUGGGAUUGACAUUUGAAUCACACUGCAGGUUUAACUCUUGAUUACAGUGGGAUUCAAGCUGUGAUAUUCAGACUGGCUGCAGUGGGAUUCAGGCUCUGACAUCCACACUGAUUUCGGUGGGAUUCAGGCUGACAUUCAUGCUGUUUGCAGUGGGAUUCACACUGACAUACACAGUCAUUUUAGUGGGAUUCAGGCAGUGAUAUUCACCCGAAUUUCAGUGGGAUUCAAUGUCUGACUUUCACACUCAUUAUGAUGAGAUUUACGCCAUUCUAGUCCAGGACUAGAGUGGCGUAAACCCAUAAAUCUCACUAAAAGCUCAAUUCUAAACCCAUUUUUGUAGGGCGUUUGAGUCACGCAGCAGUCAUAGUUUUUUUGUCAGAUGGCCACGGUGUAAUAUUUUUAAUUCACUACAUUGUUCAACUUCCCGUUCUUUUCAUCGUUCGUUUUUUUAUCUAUGGGGAAAGGGCCGCAAUUGUACACAGCGUUCAGUGGCGAGGGUUUAAUGGGCAGCGCGGUGUGCCUCGUGCGACUGUUGGUUGAUGUUCUCCACAGUUGCCAGCCCUGCCAGAUUAAGUGGUGAAAAAUAGUUCAAGGUCUAGCCCUGCAACUGCUUGCUAGCACCACUGCUAUGGACUCUACAGUCUGAUGCAAUUUUUGCUUUGAAAAUCGGUAUGCGGUUCAUAAGAGUUUAGAAAUCGGCAGCUUGCCUCUCAGAUCGAUAGGGUUGUCCAAGUUGUCACGUGUUUUGACACGUCCCCGUGUUGUUGGCGUGUUAUCGCGUUUGUUUGCGCUUUCUCGUCGCGUGCGGCUUCGAGCCUCGCGAGAUCACGACGGGAUAAUAUUUUUUACUUGAGUGUGAAUAAAUCGCGCCUCUAUCUCUCUUUUCGUCACGCCGUACCUGGAGCUGAACCGAUCAAUGAGCAGAGGCGACAUGCGCGUGGCUCAGCGGUAGGAAAGGAAAAACAAAAUCGUCUGAAAAUGAAAAUAAAGAACCCUUUUUUUAUCGUCA